CUCCCCCAGUCCUAAACUGCAUGCGCAACAACCUCGUAGCGGAACAGCUUUCUUUGAUCGUCAAGGAACAGCAGAGAGACUUGAACUUGAUUACGACUUGGACAUGGACGCACCUGCGACUUUUCAAGGAGAACCCACCAACGCCACACUUUGUGAGUUUCAUUAACCGCAUUCCCUCGUUUUUCCUUUAGGUCAUAUCCUAGAACUGCUGAUGAGUUGUAAUAGCGUCUCACCCAUUAUCUUGCAGUCGAAGCGAGCAAUUUGGACGCAUGAUGAACUCUGUCGUCAACCCAAAGAUAGCGGAGCAGAUCUUUCAUCAGUACGUAGACAAUUUCGCUCCGAAAUGCCCGGUUGUUAUGUUUCCAACUGGCACAACGGCUGCACUUGUGCGAGAGACCAAGCCAUUACUCUUCCUGUCAAUAAUCAGCAUCGCUUCUGCUGGAUACUGCACCCCCGCCCAGCAGAGAGACUUGACAGUUAAAGCCAAGUUUCAUGUUGCAGACCGAGCGAUUGUUAGUGGUGAAAAGUCGCUUGAGCUUGUUCAAGCUCUUCAGGUCGCAGCCUUUUGGUACAGAGCACCAGAUGAUUAUAAGCAAAUGAACCUGAGCCAGUUGGCUUCUAUUGCCACAACUAUGGCCAUAGAUCUUGGGUUGGAUACUAUUGACACAUCAAAGCCAGCCAGCACAGCCGAGGAGUUGUGGGAUCAGGUGGAAGCACAGCGUGCUUGGCUCGGUUGUCUUCUUUUAUCUGGAAGUCUAUCUUUAAUAUUGAGACGGCCAACUUCUCUCGCCUGGAGCGCGCAAUAUGAUGACUAUGUGGCCGAUUUGCGACGGGCCAAAGUAUCUCCCACAGAUGAGUUCUUUUGCACAAUUGUAACAACGGAGUCUAUCUGCCACGCCAUUAAUAAAGAGCUAUUCCUGAGUGAUCCAGUCUCUUCCGUCUUCUUAUCUGACCCGAAAAUAUCAACGGAAGUCCAAAAGCACAAGUCUCAAAUCGAAAGCCUGCCUCUCAACCAAAUAUCCUCUAUUGACAAAUCUCUGGUCGAAUUUGGCAGCUUUGCUAGCUUACUGUACCUACAUGAGCCUAUCUUACAUGUCAACGACAACAUCGUUGAGUUCAAGGCUCCUUUUAGCCUAAAGUCCUUGGAGACGUGCAACUUCAUCGACACGCACGUUUUCGACCCAUCCUUCCUUUUUAUGCUUCGCACCACCAUACGGGCGGCGCAAGGACUGCUUGAUUGUUUCCUAAGAUUAUCCACGUCCGACAUGAUUGCUUUACCACCGCAUAUCUAUGGCGGCCGCGUGAUAUAUGCGAUGAUACUUCUGUUGAAAGUACAAAAAGCAAUCACAUUAUCAAGGCGGGAAAUAAGCGAAUGGGUCACUUCCAGCGAAUUACGAAUAGAAAUGUACCUUGAACACCUCGUGCUUGUUUCGAAGAGGCUCAUUACGAAAGAUGAGCGCAGUGCUUUGAGCAGGGCAUUCCUAUUCAUGCCUCAGCUGAAGCAGUGGUGGCACAGUUACAAAACCAAGACCUUGCCCCGAUCUGACGGAACUGAAAUGACGGAACGCCGUCCAUUCCGGACCGCUGAUGGGCCAUUGAGCCCUGCAGUACCAGCGCCGAGGGCAACUGUUUGUGUCCCUUCGACCCAUACACAGACGCCAACAAUAACCCAUCUUGAGCCAAUGGAUGGACUUGGACAGUCUGACACGCUUACCCAGCCUGCCAAAGCUUCGGAUUACCCUCUUAUACAUAAUGAGGGUACAGAGUUUGAACCAUAUCAGCGUGAACUAGCAUCUGACUCUUGGUUUUGGGAAUUCUUCAAUGUCGACAUGCUCCAUCAGAAUGGCCAUCCGUCAUGAGAGUCGUGUGUCAUGAUUUCACUCAUGGCUAUUUCCUGAAUUUCUACAUGACGAGAGGGUCAUAUUUAUAGUGUACAUAUUCUCG